AUGCCCAACCACGGACGCCGCUUCGAGGGCGGGUGGGCACCCUUUGGUGCAUGGAAAAGAAAAAGUGAAGAAGUGCUGGAAAAAAUCAGGCUUCCCGAUACCGUGAUCUGUGCCCUUUGCGAGCGAGAUUUACCACUGACUCAUUUCACUCCCUCUGCUCUGAAACGUCUUCGGUCCGCAGUUCUCCAUCAGGGUAUUGGAAUCCUGGUCAAUCAACAGAUUGCCAGAUGCGAUGGAUGUGGUACCCAGUCUCGACCUGAACUCCACUGCAUGUCUUGCAACAAGGUCCGGCCCAUCAAUGAGUUUGCUCAUGCUCAGCGCCAAUUUGCUCAGCCGGUCUGCCUCCCCUGCCAGGACAAUCUGCAGCUUGACGAGCGGGAUAAGCUUCCGGACGACCAAGUCCUGCCAGUAGACCUGACUCAGACAGAACUCCCAGAGCCGGGCAUCGAAGAAGAGCCCUCUGAGUGGACGCUUGACAUUCCAAUGGAAAUCGACAUGUCUCAGCACAAUGUCGGUAGAGAGGAUGAUCUAGACGAGGAUGACUCUUCUCAAGAUGAAGAGCGGGUGGUUCUCAGUUCUCUCAUGCGCUCGACUCCCUCGGAUUCUCGAUCGGUUACCCUUGGACCUACACAGAACCAGACCAUCAUUCAGGACAUGGACCUUGAGACUCUUUUCGAAUAG